UGGCCCAUCCGCUUCGCCCAUGGUAAGGCCGGCUAAUACUACAUAAAAUAAACGCAGUAGCUAGUCACCAUCAAUGACGAUUCUGUCACACUUUUUUAAGAAUAACGAAAUUUGGCAAAAUCCAAAUUUUAUGUAAUUAAAUUUAAUCAGCACCACAAGUAAGACGACCGUACGUGGGUCGAGAUAUUUCUUGUUUUUCCUGAAACCGUUCUGGGUCGUUCUCCGGUGGCUAAUUAUGGGUUUACUAGUUGUGUUGCUUGUGUUAUUAUUUGUGAAGACAGGAACCUCACAGUCAAAUGGCUAUAUUAACUAUACUAACAACCUUAUCCAACCUUUCUGUGGUAGUAACCCUCCUAAUAGUCUGCCAAAUUUCAUAAAAAAUCGCAACUCUACCCUUGAUCAACUUCGGAUGCAAUUAGUGAGAACCAACCAACUUUAUGCUAGAGCACAGGAUUUAAGUGCAGGGGAGUCGGUCUUUGGAGUAGCCCAGUGCUGGAACUACUUAUCUGUAGAGCAGUGUGUUGCUUGUUUUGAUGCAGGCGUUUCUACACUGGUCAGCUGCCGUCCAGUCUACACGGGUGCUUACGCUUUAAUGGAUAACUGCUUUGUCAGGUACGAGGACUUUAAUGACUUCUACAAUAAUCCAUAUGUCACCCAGAAUUGGGUUGGCACUCCAUACUCAUCAUGUGGAAAUCAAUCAUCUCGGGCAGUGUCCACGUAUAAAGAAAUCGUCGAUAAGUUUUUAUCGGAUAUUGCAGAUGUUACUCCAAAAAUCUCUAAAUUUUAUGUAGCAUCUGCAAGGCAAAUCACAAGUGAAAAUGUAACCGUGUAUGCGGUUGCACAAUGUAUGGAAAAUAUCAACCAGACACUCUGCAAAGCAUGCAUGAAAAAAGCAUAUGAGAAAUUAAAUGGUUGUUUGCCAAGCACAAAAGGAAUGUUUUUCGACAUGGGUUGUUUCGCUAGGUAUUCAGAGACUCCAUUUUUCAAUGACAAUCAGACAAUCGAUUUCACAAAGAUCUUGAAAGGGCAUUCAAGUAAGGUAUUCUUAAUUGUUGGAGCUGUUGGUGGUGUUCUUUUUUUACUUAUCUUUGUUUUCUGGUUAUUGCAUCGACAAUGGAAGAAGGCGAAAAGUGAACAAGUAGCAGAUUUACAAGGGGCUAUAAAUAACAAUUAUAAGAACAAGUCGAGUUGGAUCAAGUGGAAAACCCCUUGCCUCGGGAGACGGAAGUCAAGUGUUCGAUACUCACCCCGUAUAGGCACAGUUGUUGUAAAUUACAAUUACAAGGAUCUGCAGGUGGCAACCAAUAACUUCAAUAAUGAAUAUAUUCUUGGGAAAGGAGGUUUUGGUGAAGUAUUCAAGGCAAUACUGGAUGAUAAUAGUAUUGUGGCAGUGAAAAGACUUCAUGUACAACAUGCUAGAGCGAAAGAAGAAUACGAGAAUGAGGUUAAGCUCAUAAGUAAUGUUCAUCAUAGAAAUCUUCUACGUCUCCUUGGAUGGUCCUCCCAAGGAUCUGAUCUACUUCUAGUCCUCGAAUAUAUGCCAAAUGGAAGCCUUGAUACAUUCUUAUGGGGUGCAAAAAGAGGGACAUUGAACUGGACCCAAAGACAUGAAAUAAUAUUUGGAAUUGCUAGGGGUCUUGCUCAUUUACACAAUGAGUUCCAUGUUAAAAUCAUUCACAGGGACAUCAAAUCAAGCAACAUACUUUUAACCGAUGAUUUCAAACCCAAAAUAGCUGAUUUUGGUUUGGCAAGGUUCCAACCAAACGGCGAAAGUCAUGUCAGUACCAAGUUUGCUGGGACAUUGGGAUAUACAGCACCGGAAUAUGCACAAUAUGGUACCUUAUCGGAUAAAGUUGACAUUUACAGCUUUGGAAUUGUGACUCUUGAAAUCAUAGGAGGCCAAAAGAGUACUGAAGUGAAAUCCGAUCAACAAUCUACUGAUUGCCUCAUGGAACAUGCAUGGAAGCUAUAUGAGAAAAAAAUUCAUAUAAAUUUCAUUGAUGAGACAUUGGACUUGAACCAUCACGAAAAAAAACAUGUGAUAAAGAUAAUUGAGAUUGCUUUAUUGUGCACUCAGUCAGCGUCGAAAAGACCAACCAUGACAGAAGUGGUUUUGAUGCUUCAAGAGGGCCAAUCUUUGGGAAAAAGGAAGCUAACAAGGCCAACUUUUGUUACCAAUACAGAUAGGAGGAUUCAUAUAGGCUCUUCAAAGAAUUCUAUUGGUAUUGAAAAUGCUUACAAAAAGCAUACAAAUUAGAGGCAACGUGAUUAAGUAAUAUAUAAAGAGACGGUUACUUAGUUACAUAUUAAAAGAUGUGAUUGCUUAAUUAUAUUUGUUUCUAGUAUGUAUUCGUUUAUUAUAAAUGCUGUAAUAGCAUGUCUAAAUAUAUAUGGCCGAAUUUAUGAAGUUACGAACUGG